AUGGCGACAAAUAUUUUAGCCAAGGCAGGAGUUGCUGAGGAAGAAGGCCUUGCUUGGCAAUGUUGUGAUUUCCUUACAUGUAUUUGCAGGUUAGAACAAUGGGAAGUUGAUCAUGGAGAGAAGGAAGUUUCUCUUACUUUUGGAGAGAGGUUGGGCUUAGAGGAUCUGUAUUCCUUGAAUGUUUGGCGGGCAUCCGUAGGAGAGUUACUUGGGUCGGCGGUUCUGGUGUUCAUGAUAGAUACGAUAGUCAUUUCAUCAUUUGAGACACAAACCAAAACACCAAACCUUCUAAUGUCGAUCAUGAUUGGCAUCACCAUCACCAUCCUUCUCCUAGCAGUUUUCCCGAUCUCAGGUGGACACAUGACUCCGGUUAUAUCCUUCUCAGCUGCCCUAGUUGGACUUAUAUCGCUUUCUCGGGCAUUUAUCUACAUAUUCGCACAAUGUAUUGGCGCUAUACUAGGAACUCUAGCGCUACAAGCUGUUGUGAGCAACAAAAUUGCACAGACCUAUUCACUCGCUGGGUGCACCAUCACAGUUAUUGAACUAGGCCCUAACGGCCCUGUGGUUACAGGGAUCGAGACAAGUCAAGCCCUUGGGCUAGAGAUCAUAUGUACGUUCAUCUUGCUCUUUGCUUCUGCUUGGUUAGCCUACGACCACCGUCAAUUCAAGGCAUUAGGUGUUCUUGUUGUUUUCCCCAUCAUUGGAAUCGUUGUGGGGAUUCUAGUGUUCAUUUCAUCAACUUUGACAGGAAAGAAAGGGUAUGCUGGUGCAGGGAUGAACCCUGCAAGAUGUUUGGGUUCAGCCAUGAUAAGAGGUGGUCAGUUAUGGGAUGGACAUUGGGUGUUCUGGGUUGGGCCUGCCAUAUCUUGUAUGGUGUUUUAUAUAUACACAAAGAUCAUUCCAAGUAAUCAUUUUCAUGCCAAUGGUUACCGACAUGACUUUUUCAGUGUUUUGAGAGCUUUGCUUUGAGCUGUUAGGUUUCAAUCUUUCUAUG